CUCCGCGUAGCAGCCGGGGAAAGGGAGUAAACGGAAUUGACGCUCUGAGAUCGGAGUACUGCAGCCCCUGGACACGUGGGAGGAGAAGGAGGAGGGGAACAUCCAAAUAACGCCCCCCCCCAAGUGAAGCCAGGAGAAGGGAGAGAAGAGAGAGAGGAAGGGAAAAAGGAGAGAAACUAGGACUAAGAGGCAGGGAGCCAGCGACUUCUGGGGAACAACUUGUUGCAAACAGAUUUGCCAAGUAGGGAAUCAGCGUCUCACUCCACGCCGGGACUGGAGGGAGCAAACGCGCCGUGUCUCGCUCCUCGUCCCCACAGCCGGGCUCCGGGGUCCACGCUCGCAGCCGAGGGGAGAUGCCAUUUGGACCAUGUAACAUCGCUGCCAGGAGUUGAGGCCGCCCUUUCAACGAACCAUGAAGCUGGCAGAGCGACUCGUGUGCUGGGUCAGCUGCCUGGUGAUCUCCGGGACCCUCCAGCCCGGCGCGGCUCAGGCAGUGUGCGCUGGUACUGAGAACAAGCUGAGUUCUCUAUCUGAUCUUGAGCAGCAGUAUCGUGCGUUGCGCAAAUACUAUGAGAACUGUGAGGUAGUCAUGGGCAACCUGGAAAUCACCAACAUUGAACACAACCGUGAUCUUUCCUUCCUCCGGACGUUAAUAGAAGCAGACCAUAAAAAGAUAGAGCAAAGUCACAGAGGUGCAAAGUAUUAG